CAGCUGGGCAUCCUCACAAACCGGAAAGCUCGACAGCAACACGCGUCUUACGGGGAAAUGAUGGCGGUAAAACCCUACAAAUACCAUUGCUGGGACCCAAGAACUCGUCUGCUCUCGGGACCAACACCUCCAGACCACCUACCCUAGGGCAGACAGCAACACACUCGACUGUGAGGAAGCCAGCUGAGCAGUAAUCCCAACUCCAUCGCCGACGAUGAGCACCGCCGUCAAGAUACACACGCAGCCGUUCCGCGACCACGCUGGCGGCGCCGCGGCCAUGGUGUUCUGGGCCCCUGUCGACCAGCCACUGCCGCCACUGUACAGCUUCGCAGUGUACGUCACAUCACCCCAGCCACCACCGACAGCGACCACAGAGGGAGGUGACGCGUCGGUGUCCUCGCCUGAGUCCUCCUUCGCAGCAGCCGAUCUCCUCCAGGCCCUGAACGAGUCCCGCUACGCCCCAGAGACGAUGGGCUACCGGCUCGACGUCUACUUCCAGCCAGGGGCGUCAGUGGAGCACUGCCAGCGGCACUACGAGGGCGAGAGGGCCGCGAGGGGCACGUACGCCGACCAGCUGAGGCAGGUCGGGGAUGGCACGUCGCAGCAGCAGCAGCAGCAGCGGCGACUGCCGGGACUCGUACCGUCGUACCUGCGGGCGCCGUCCUUCUGCCACCACGACGUGCUCUUCAUGGUCGACAGCGACGACUGCAACGCGUGGCGCCGCGGGGCAGACCUGCUCAUGGUCGAGUUCCGCCCGGCCGCAGUGCCCGCAGAGUUCGACCCCGACCCGGAGGAGCUCGAGGAGGACCCGGACAUGCUGGCGCCGACGCGCACCCAGCGGUUCCCUGUCUGCCCGGACCCGGAGGCUUACGAUGGCGCGGGGACCGUGCAGGGGAGGAUGUACGGCCUGUUUGUCGUCAAGGAGGAGCGGCUCGGAGGGCCGUACGAGAGGGCGCUGGAGCUGGGCUGGAAGUCUUGGUGAUGGACUGGGGAGGAUUGUUGCCCCGGGAGGAAUACGGUGGGCUUUUCGUCUCCUUUAUUAUUCAUAUUUGGAAGUCCUCAACUCCCCCCUCAGUUCGUCACAAAGUCGAGGCCCUUCACACAAGACAUUCGUACUGGAACCACCUGCUUCGCAUGACUUGACAUAUGCGCACCCUGCAAUUCUCCGAGCUGUUGCCCGCGCAAAUUGAUUUCAAAAUAUCUACAAGAAAGGCCCAAUGGGUCUACUAAGCCGUCCACUCACCACGGCCCAGCCUGACCGGUCCAAAGACCCCUAAAGUCACUGUUAAACGGCCCGCCCGUGAGCCCGUGCUUCCCUCCAGGCGAGGCCGGGAACCGCAGGUUCGCGCUGCGGAUCGUACCCGUGUUGGCGUUGAACUCGGUGGCCAGCCAGUCAAU